AUGUUAGCGAUGAUAUUGCUGCUAUUGCUACGAUUAUCGGCACCCACCUUGGCUUGCUUCGGAGGUCUUGGAGGUCUUGGAGGAGGAGGAGGUCUUGGAGGUCUUGGGCUACCAUCGCUUGGAGGAGCAGGAGUUGGAGGAGGAAUGGCUUGUUGCCCGACAUGCCCUUCAUGCUCAGCGCCUGCGGCUGCUGUCGCUGCUCCUGCUUCAUAUGCUGCACCUCCCGCUGCUUCAUUUGUUGCACCACCUCCUGCUUCAUAUGCUGCACCUCCUCCUGUGUAUGCUCCACCCGCUCCUGCAAUUCCUCCGGCAUCAGCACCAGUUCCAAUGCCUGCACCCGAACCAGCACCAGUAGCAGCACCUGCACCCGAAGCAGCACCAGUGCCCGCGUCUGCACCUUCAUACGGUGCAUCACUGGACGGCGGAGCAUCAGUCGCAGCUGGGCCCACUGCAUCGGUAAUGAUGCCAAAGAUUAUAGUCCAAACUCCGAUUAUUCGAGCUCCACGACCGCCGCCACCUCCACCUCCUCCACCGCCGCCACCACCACCACCACCUCCACCACCACCAUCUGUUCCCCAGACUCUGCCAAUGUGCACCGGAGCCGAGGUUGGACUUGGAUGUGAAGAUGUAUCGGGGCCUGCACAGUUGCCAUACGCGCUCCCUCAGCAAAGGAUCGAACCGGCUGCUCCAGAGAUCAUAAGUGUGAAGUCGAAGGUCAAAGUUACAACAGAAGAGCCUGCUUCACAAGAACAGAUUGAUGAGGUCGAGGAAAUAGCGCAAGUAACUGAAGAGCCCAAGGAAGUAACUGAUGAACCGGAUAUGGGAGAGGAGGUAGUUGAAGAGCUUGCAACAGAGCGAACUACACAACCGGCCAAGGUCUUAUUCACCACACCAUCUACCACAAUCUCGCCUAUACCUGUUUUUACAGAGGUGCUGACAACCUUUACAACGCAAGCACCGCAAACUGAGGUGCUGACAACCUUUACAACGCAAGCACCGCAAACCGAGGUGCUGACAACCUUUACAACGCAAGCACCGCAAAUCGAGGUUUUGGUCAACCAAUUUACUACACCUACCACUACUACGCGGCGGCAAGACGUGACAUUCAUGGCAGUGGAGCCCGUGCAUGAGGUGGAGGAGUAUGAUGAGGAGUACCAAGAGCCACAGGAGCAAGAGGAGCAUGUAGUAGAGGUGCAAAUGCCUGCAACUGAACCGUUCAGACCAACGACCGAACGUUUUAUGGACACAACACCCUUGACUCCACCUACUACAUCAAGUGUUCUUGAUUUUGAAUCGGUUAAUCAACAGCAGGAAAUGAUCACCUAUCAGCCGAUUACAGUCCCUACUCCAACUGAAGUGACAGAAUUACAAAAAUUUGUAGCUAUUACUGCUUCACCUUUGGCAGAGGCAAAACGAAAUUUUAAGGGAAGCACACCAAAGGCAACAGUGUCGCACCCUAUGCCUAAUCGGGUCAUUCAGGGGCAUGGCUUUGGCACUGAUUUUACAACAGUUCAAACUCCAGCACCUCGAUUGGGCGUGACAAACCCUUCCAUUGAGGUGAUAGAGCAGAUGACAAUGACACAAGUGAUGCCCAGUCGAAUCAUCCAAUCUCACGGCUUCAUACCAAAAGCUCCUAUCAUGAAGACUAUUUCUGGUAAAAUUGUUGAGUCACAUGGGUUUAUCAGUCAGACUGAAGGCGCAAGCAUGAAGACAAAUCCGGUGAUUCAAUCACAUGGAACCGUUCCACAGAACUUACCGAGCGUUAGCAGGACAAUUACAGUCAUCCAAGGCAGUGGAAUUACCUCACAGAAAUCAUCAAGCAGUAGCGGGUCAAAUCCGGUAAUUCAGGGUAAUGGCUUUGCCCCACAGACUCCAUUGAGUAGUAGGGGGCCAAAUCCGGUAAUCCAAGGAAAUGGCUUCACCACACAGAAUCCACCGAGCAGUAGCAGGCUAAAUCCGAUUAUUCAAAGCAAUGGAAUUGCUUUACAGAAUACACUAGACGGAAGCGGGUCAAAUCCUGUAGUCCAAGGCAAUGGUUUCACAACCCAGAAUCCGUCCAGUAAUAGUAGAACAAAUCCUGUAAUUCAAAGCAAUGGUUUUACAUCCAAGAAUCCGCCCAGUAAUGGUAGGACAAACCCGGUAAUUCAAGGCAAUGGCUUUACAACUCAGAAUCCGCCUGGUGAUAGUAGGACGAACCCUGUGAUUCAAGGCAACGGCUUUGCAACCCAGAAUCCGUCCAGUGGUGGUAGGACGAACCCGGUGAUCCAAGGCAAUGGCUUUACGACUCAAAAUCCGCCCAGUGGUGGCAAAACAAAUCCGCUAGUACACGGCAAUGGCUUUGCUCCGGAGACGACAACGGAAAUUGGAACGAAUCGAGUCGUCCAAACUGGCGGAUCUAUUCAGGCUACGAGUCAGGCUGGGUCAAAUCGAGUCAUCGAAUCUAGCGGAUCUAUUUCACAAGUGACGUCCACACAGACAGACACUGAUCAAAUCACGCAAAAUGGCGUUGUUAAUCAAACAACAGUGACAAAUACCAUGUCCAAUUCGAUUGUUCAAUCAAACGGACAUAUUAAUCAGACGCAGACUAAUUCUAACCCCAUCGUCGAGUCGCACGGAUUUGGUGAUCAGCUUACAACAAUGAAACACGACUUCAACAAUCGAAUCAAUCCCACUAUGGAAGUAAUCCAACAGACAACACCGGCAUUCAAACCUUCCAUACUGUCUCAAAAAAUUCCUCAGACAUUCUUGUUGCCUGUCCAGUCUGUGCAAUUAGUCGGAGCUCAAGGUCUAGGUCCAAGCUUGUUAGAUGUCGCUCCACAGGUAUUUGUAACACCUCAGCCCGGUCGCCUCGUUCAAGCACUAGCACAAGGUGGCAUUGAACUUGGACCUCAGACAUUCGUGGCGACUGCUCAGCCAGCGCAGUUAAUUCGAGUAGAAACAGUGGGCGAUAAUGUGAUCAGUGGUAUACCUCAGGGUUUUUCCGGUACCGUUGGAAGCGGUGGAUUCAUUCAAACAGUGAACCGAAAUGGAGGAGGCGAGAACCAAGCUGUCUUAAUCUCAUCCCAGCCUAGCCAGCUGAUCCGCGUUCAGGCACUAGACGACGGUUCGGAUAAAAAGGGACAGACAUUUUUGGCAACCAAUAAUCCAAUGCACAAGGUUGCAGCAGCAGCAUCACAGGAAGACACCCAGAAUGCCCUCGACUAUGGACAACCAAUUGAAGAAGAGAGCCAGGGUGUGAUGAGCAGCACACGACAGAUAGCCAAUAUAGAUAAAGUCGAAACCACAACAGAGACGGAGGAAACCUAUAACAGGGCAAAAAAGGUAGCCGGACUUCAUCAUAAAGCAGCUAUAGAUCUUAUGGAAGAACUGCAACGAGACUACAGACGGGUCUAAUCACUUCAUGUAGUUAUUGCCAAUCAGCCAUGUGAUAUACUGUUGCCACUCAACCUUUAUAUGUAAAUAUCGUUGUUAAUUAUCAGAUCGAAUAGGGAUGUCACCUUUAUGUUUAUUUAAGUAUUUAUUGAUUUUUUGCUCCGCACCUUUAGUAAUACAUCUGAGCUGGACCUCAUCGCUCAGCAAGCAAUUCGCCAU